CUUCGGUCGCUCCCUCAGAGCUCCAACUCCCCGCAACCCAACCCCCAAUUCGCCCCAAACCCCGUUCAGACCCCACAAACACCCCCCAACCCCCCCUCAGACCCCUCAGUUCCCCCCCAUUUCCCCCCCCAGCUUCAGUCGCUCCUUCAGAGUUCCAAACGACCCCAACCCCCCCCAACUUUCCCCCAACAGCUCCCAGACCACCCCAAUGUCCCCUCAGAUCCCCCAAACCCUUAAUUUCCCCUCAUUUCCCCUUAUUUUCGCCCCCCUUUUCCGCCCACCUUCGCUCGCUCCCUCAGAGCUCCGCGCGCGCCGCCGGAAGGGUCGCGGUGACGUCACGCCGCCGGUACGUGCGCUGUGCGCGGUGACGUCACGCGCCGGAAAGGGCGGGAAGAAGGAGGAGGAGGAAGGUCCAAGAUGGCGGCGGCGGCCGCAAUGGCCGCGCUGGGCCGGCGGCUCAGGGGGAUGUUGGGGGGCGUGAGGGGGCUGCAGACCCCCCCGAGGGCCCCCCAUGAGGAGUCGACGGCCGAGUUCGUGUUCGUGGAGCGGCUCCUGCCCCCCACCCGCAUCCCAGACCCCCCCCCGCACCCCAAAUACCCCACCCCCAGCGGCUGGAGCCCCCCCGCAGGUCCCCCCCGGGGGGUCCCGUACUUCGUGCGCCGCUCGCGGCACCACAACCUGCCCGUGUACCUGGGCACACGCAAGGGGGGCAACAGGAGGGUCACCACCCUCAGGGGGGCCAGCGGGGACCUCUGGGCGCUGGAGCAGGACCUGAGGACGUUCCUGGGGGUCCCAGAUCUGCAGGUCCAAGUGAACGAGGUGACCGGGACCCUCCAGCUCAAGGGGCACUGGGGGGCCGAGCUCAGGGCCUGGCUGCUCCAGAGGGGGGCUUCUGAGACCCCAAAUCCACCUGGGAUCUGCUCCAGGGGGGCUUCUGAGACCCCAAAACCCACCUGGGAUCUGCUCCAGGGGGGCUUCUGAGACCCCCAGACCCCAAAACCCACCUGGGAUCUGCUGGAGACACCGAAAUCCCCUUGGAAUGUGCUGCAAAGGGGCUUUGAGACCCCCAGAUCUGAGGAGGGGACCCCAAAAUCCACCUGGGAUCUGCCUGGGAAACACCGAAAUCCACCUGGGAUCCGCUCCAGAGGGGCUUCUGAGACCCCCCAAAAAUUUGGGAAGGACCCCGAAAUUCCCUUGGGACGUCCCAAAACGCACAUGGAAUCUUCUCCAAGGGGGUCUUCGGAGACCCCUGACCCAAAACCCACCUGGGACCCCCCAAAAAAGGACCCAAACCCCUCAGAAUCGUCUCUGGAAACGAAACAAGACCCCCCUAAAAUGUCCCACGAUGCUCCCCCCGACCCCAAUAAAGGCCCCGGUGAC